AUGGGGAUGUCACAUAAACUACUCGCUCAAUCAACCCCAUUGUUUAUAGAUUCAACAUCAACUACAACCACUACCACUAAUGAACCUACAAUGUUUGUCAACCCAUCUGAUGUGGAGGCAGGUGCUUCAGGUUUCACUCUUGGUCAUUCUACACCACCCAUCUCACCUCUUCGCCAGGAUGAUCCAGACACCAUUUAUGGUGAAGAUGAAGAAGAUAUUGGAAGUUUCACUUACAGUCCAUUCAACAUUAGGAUUAAGAGUGAUGACCAAGCUCCAGUCACCCGAGGGCAGUUCAAUGCUUUUUUUUUAAAGUUUGAAUCCUUAAUGAAAUCUACCAAGACAACCACUUGUGGUAAUUACUCUCAAGAAAUUGUCAAAGCGUUCUUUGAAACUUUGACGAAGGAACAUUCUACGAACCUUGACAAGACCAAUCAAGCAAUUGAUCCAUCAGCCUUUGUGUGUAAAGAAACGAUCGAAAAAGUUGAUAACCUAAUCACUGAUGCUUGA